AUGGAACAACCUAAGUCAACUUGCCGCGAAAAAUUCAUCAGCUUAUUUAUGUUUGCCCGUAAAUGUGCAAUAUUUGUUGGUGCCGAUGUUUUCAAUCCAAAUUUUCGUUACACAUGGAUGACUUGGUUCGUCAUAAUAUCGACAAAUUCUUUCUUCGUCCUAUCAGGCUAUACCAUUUAUGUGGGAGUUUAUAUUGACAAAGAUUGGACAGCCAUAUUGCAAGCUUUAUGCAUGGUAGGUAGUGCAGUGCAAGGGUUAGCUAAAUUAUACUCUGUCACUAUAAGCAAAGCACUUUAUCGUCAAUUAUAUAACGAAAUCGAUGAUGUCUACAAAAUAUACGAACAAAAACAUAUUCAAUAUCAGAUUGCCCUAAAUAACACUACGAGUAUUAAUACAAAAUUUGUCAAAUUUAUUGCAUGCAUUUAUAUUUUUGGUACAUUAAUUUUAUUAUCAGUUCCGGUUUUGUAUUUGAUAAUUUUUGGUGAAAAAAUAUUCGUUAUGCAAUUUUUGAUACCUGGAAUUGAUCCAAAAUCUGAUUUUGGACAUUUGUUAAUGAUGGUUGCCCAUUCAACGUGUAUUCUGAUGGGAUCGUUUGGUAAUUUUGCUGGAGAUGUGUUUUUUUUCUUGUUUGUGUUGCAGCUUCCGUUGUUUAAAAAUAUCUUAAAAAUCAAGUUUGAAGAUCUGAAUGAUGUUUUAAACGAUACAGGUGAAGACAGUUACGAAAAAACACUUCCUUUGUUGAUGGACAUUCUUAAGUGGCAUCAAAAGUAUACGACGUUAACAAAGACUCUAAGUGACGUUUUCUAUUACGUAUUAUUUGUUGAAAUUUUUACGACCGCUUUAAACAUUGGAAUGACAAUUUUUAUAGUGGCAACUGGAGUUUGGCCAGCUGGUUAUGCGUAUUUGAUAUACUCGUUCACUAUUCUUUAUACCUAUUGUGGACUUGGAACGCUGACGGACAUAGCUAAUGAUGACGUUUGCAAUUACGUGUACAAUAUUUGUUUGUGGUACAGACUGUCAGUGUCGGAACGUAAAAUGUUGAUGAUGAUGCUGAUGAAGGCUCAAAAACCAACUUUAAUGACGGUGGGGGAUGUUAUGCCACUAUCUGUUACUACGGCACUGUCAAUGACAAAAACGAUUUACAGCUUUUUAAUGAUGUUGUUGAACUUUUCUGAGGAAUAA